CCUGGAACUACGCGACAAACAGCACCGAGGAGACAGGGAAGCUUGUACCAUGCAGCUCGGAGAGGAGGACAGCCUGGGACCGUUUGAGCCCUUUCUACAUUGACGGAGUAUUUCCCCCCUCUUUUCUUGGGGACAUUAUUACGAUCUCUUUGAUCUGACAUACCUUCACUCUCAUCCACGCACCCGCGCGCUCUCUCGCAUCACCGUACGGAUACCCGGAGCGCUUUCGAUUCUGUAGCCGUUGAACAUUAGUGAGGAGCUAAAAUAUUGAGGGAAGCACCUGGAAACAUGGAUUUAUUCUCCAUCCCACCCCGCGUCUGCUGGUGGAGGAUCCUGUUUCUCCUCAACAUCUUCCAAGAUUAUAUGAGCUCCAUGCUGGACUGCCCACCGACCUGCCGUUGUUCUACCACUAACAUCUUUUGCAAUGAGUCUUACCAAGGGAAUUUCUUUCCCCUCCUGGCACUACAGGACACCGUGAGCGAUGGGAAUACCACUAACAGCCUCCCGGACCUGUUUGAGAACAUCUCCUCCAUACACAUUGAGAACUGGUCGGGCUUGCAGACGUUGAGGGAUGUUGACAUGGAGUUGUACACUGGGAUUCAGAGACUGAACAUCGUGAACUGCAACUUGCGUACGAUUCAGUCGCGAGCCUUCGCUAAGAACCCCUACCUGCGCUACAUAAACUUGUCCGGGAACCCUCUGACAACUCUCUCAUGGCAACUUUUUCAGAAUCUCCAACUUUUCGAGCUUGGUUUAUGGAUUUAUGUUGGACAGUGGCACAAAGUACUUAAUCCUUUCUGUAUAAAAGUAUUGUGUUUCUCUCCUGCAGUCCCUCCUGUCAUCAUUAAGUUUGAGGAACCGCAGAAGUGGCAUGACACGUGUAUGGUCUUCACAGUGCGUGCAAACCCCCAGCCCACCCUCCGCUGGUACUAUAAGGGCGAGGAGAUCAAGCCGACAAAAUACCUCCAUCCAGAAAUGGAUCUCUAUCAGGACAGCUUAGAGGGAUGCCUCAUAUUCAAAAACCCCACACACCACAACAAUGGCAAUUACACUCUGGAGGCCAGCAACUUCCUGGGCGUGGCCGUCAAAACUGUGUACGCUCACUUUCUACUGCCACCUUUUGAUGACUACCCAGAUUAUGUGAGUCCGACUCCGACAGCUGUUCCAACCAUGACACAUCGGCCUGAAGAGGACACGUUUGGCGUGUCGAUUGCGGUUGGCUUGGCUGGCUUCGCCUGCGUUCUCCUUGUCAUUAUGUUUGUGCUAAUCAACAAAUAUGGCAGACGCUCAAAGUUUGGCAUGAAAGGACCCGUGGCUGUGAUCAGCGGUGAAGAAGACUCUGCCAGCCCCCUCCAUCAUGUUAAUCAUGGCAUCAUAACCCCGUGUACUCUGGAUGCUGGGCCAGACGCCGUGGUGAUCGGCAUGACCCGCAUCCCAGUGAUCGAAAACCCACAGUAUUUCCGGCACGGGCACAACUGCAACAAGCCCACAACUUAUGUACAGCACAUUAAGCGCAGAGACAUCGUGCUUAAGAGGGAACUGGGCGAAGGGGCCUUUGGGAAGGUGUUCCUGGCAGAGUGCUACAACCUAAGCCCCACUAAGGACAAGAUGCUGGUGGCUGUCAAGACUCUGAAGGAUCCCACCCUUGAGGCGAGGAAAGACUUCCAGCGGGAGGCCGAGCUGCUGACCAACCUUCAGCACGAGCACAUAGUGAAGUUCUAUGGCGUCUGCGUGGACGGAGACCCGCUUAUCAUGGUUUUCGAGUACAUGAAACACGGAGACCUCAACAAGUUCCUCAGAGCUCAUGGUCCAGAUGCAAUGAUCCUGGUUGACGGAGAGCCACUGCAGACCAAUGGGGAACUGGGUUUGUCUCAGAUGCUGCACAUAGCCAGUCAGAUUGCAUCAGGGAUUGCCUACCUGGCGUCUCAGCACUUUGUGCAUCGUGACCUGGCCACACGCAACUGCCUGGUGGGCAACGGGCUGCUGGUGAAAAUCGGAGACUUUGGAAUGUCAAGAGACAUCUACAGCACUGACUACUACCGGGUGGGAGGACACACAAUGCUGCCCAUUCGCUGGAUGCCACCAGAAAGCAUCAUGUACAGGAAGUUCACGACGGAGAGUGACGUGUGGAGCUUCGGCGUCAUCCUCUGGGAGAUCUUCACCUAUGGCAAGCAGCCAUGGUUUCAGCUGGCAAAUAAUGAGGUAAUCGAAUGCAUCACACAAGGACGCGUGCUGGAGAGGCCACGGAUUUGUCCCAAGGAAGUAUACGACAUUAUGCUGGGAUGCUGGCAGAGGGAACCGCAGCAGAGGUUGAACAUCAAAGACAUCCAGAAAAUUCUUUAUACCUUGGGCAAAGCCACACCUGUCUACCUGGAUAUCCUUGGCUAGUGUUUGUUGGCAAUAUGUGUGGAUGUCUGUCUGCGUCUAUCCAUCGGAGGAACGAACAAUCUGGGAUUUACCCUAAACAACACGUACCUUACUGCGCCACUGUCAGACACCUGCAACAUGGGGAUGGACUUAAGUGCCUGCUACUCCUUUCGAUACACUGGAUAACAGUCUUUAAAAAGCACUUUUACAUUUUGUUUACCUGCAUAUAAAGAUGUACUGUUCUUCAAGAAGAGGAGUCUCCUUUGUCCAUUUCUUUUUUCUUUUCGUUUUGGUAAAAACAGCCUACUUUCAAACUCUAAAAAAGGAAUAAUGGAAAAUUCCCCCUAAAGUACGGAGAAAAAAAAGGUUUUUUUUUUUCCUGACUGCUUGACAACUCUC